CUCUGCACAACCCAAGCAGACCAACUUUGGGACUUUGAAUGAACAUAUUUACAUCCACCUUUCUCUUCAUGUCGACUUUUCUGGAAACAUUCACACGGAUGCCAUGGUUACUCCUACCACGAUCUUACAGGUGAACAAGGUGAUGUCCAUCUUGUUUUAUGUGAUAUUUCUCGCUUAUCUUCGUGGCAUCCAGUCUACCAACAUGGAUCAAAGGAGUUUGCCAGAAGAUUCAAUAAAUUCUCUUAUUAUUAAACUCAUUCAGGCAGACAUUUUGAAGAACAAGCUUUCUAAGCAGAUGGUAGAUGUUAAGGAAAACUAUCAAAACGUGGCGCAGAAAGACACUCAGCAAGACGUGGAUGGAGACGAAACUGUGAAAUCAGACUUCCAGCCAGUUAUCUCAAUGGAUACAGACCUCUUAAGGCAGCAGAGACGCUACAACUCUCCCCGAGUCCUCUUGAGUGACAAUACACCGUUGGAACCACCCCCACUGUACCUCAUGGAGGAUUAUAUUGGAAAUUCAGUGGUGGUGAACAGAACGUCCCGUCGGAAAAGGUACGCGGAGCACAGGAGCCACCGAGGGGAAUAUUCCGUUUGUGACAGUGAAAGUUUGUGGGUCACGGACAAAUCGUCUGCCAUUGACAUUAGGGGACAUCAGGUGACUGUUCUGGGAGAAAUUAAAACAGGCAACUCUCCAGUUAAGCAAUACUUUUAUGAAACGAGGUGUAAAGAAGCCAAGCCUGUAAAAAACGGCUGCCGAGGCAUCGACGACAAGCACUGGAACUCCCAAUGCAAGACAUCCCAAACUUAUGUUAGAGCACUGACUUCAGAAAACAAUAAACUGGUAGGCUGGAGAUGGAUAAGAAUAGACACCUCCUGCGUGUGUGCGUUGUCAAGGAAAAUAGGAAGAACAUAAAUCUGCAUCUCUCUGCUAUAUAAAUUAUUACUUUA